AUGGCGGCCGCCGCCACACUGGCGACGUGCAUCAAUUUGACUUCCAAUUUCCAGAGCGGCACUUUGACACUGACGCUAAUGGUUGCGUCUGCAGCCAUUGGAGGAACUCUUCAAUAUGGAUACAACCUGGCCAUCAUGAAUGCACCCACGACUUUCAUACAGACAUUCAUUAACGAGACCUUCGUGGAGCGCUGGGCUAUCCAGCUGGAAAGCUAUCAGGUGACUCUGGUGUGGACCAUCAUCGUGUCCAUCUUCUCGUUAGGCGGCCUUGGAGGGGCACUUAUAGCAGGGCCCAUGUCCAUUCGCUUUGGUAGGAAAAAAUGCCUGCUGCUUAACAAUAUUUUCCUGCUAAGCGGUGCCCUCUUGGCUUUGACAAGUAGAGCCGCAGGGUCUGUUGAGAUGAUCAUUCUGUCACGUGUCCUUGUUGGAAUUAAUUCAGGAAUCAGCAUGAACGUGCAACCUAUGUAUUUUGGAGAAAGCGCACCAAAGCAUCUCAGGGGAGCUGCGUCCUUGUCCUCUGCUGUUUUUACAGCCUUUGGAGUUGUGUUAGGACAAGUGGUGGGACUAAGAGAGAUUUUGGGCAGUGAGUGGUGUUGGCAGUAUCUUCUUGCCAGUAAUGCAAUUCCUGGCUUGAUUCAGCUCCUUACCCUGCCUUGGUUCCCAGAGAGCCCCAGAUACUUACUCAUUGACAGGGGGGACAAGGAGGCCUGCAUCAAUGCUCUAAGGCGCCUGCGGGGCUGUGAGGUCCAGAGCAGCGAGCUGGCUGAGAUCUUGCAAGAACAAGCCGAAACCAAAGGCAUGAGGGCCAGCCAGCCUUGGGAGCUUUUCCAGGACCGCUCCGUGCGCUGGCAGCUCAUCACCAUCGUGGUCAUCAGCAGCGCCAUGCAGCUGUGUGGCAACGACUCGAUCUACUUCUAUGCAGCUUAUGUUUUUAAAGAGGCUGGGAUAUCGAACGAUCAAAUCCAGUAUGUCACAAUCGGCACUGGCACUUGCGAAUUCACAGCCUGCAUUAUAUGUAACCUGCUGAUCGAGCGCAAAGGUCGGAGGUUCCUGCUGAUGGGAGGCUUCAUCUUCAUGACCAUCUGGGCUAUUGUCUUCACUAUUGCGUUGUCUUUUGAGCACUUAGUAUCUUGGAUGCCUUACCUGAGCAUGGGCUGUAUCUUCACCUACAUUCUCAGCUUUGGAAUGGGACCAGCUGGUGUAACUGGAAUCCUGCCCACCGAGAUUUUCAAUCAAACUGCUCGGCCGGCAGCCUACAUGAUCGCUGGCUCCAUGAUGUGGUUGAACCUCUUCAUCGUGGGGAUGAUCUUUCCAUUUCUAGUGAAUGAGAUGCGCCAGUAUUGUUUUGUGCCUUUUGGAACAGUGUGUCUGCUCUCUGCACUGUAUGUCGGCCUGGUCCUGCCAGAGACCAAGGGCAAAUCAUUAUCAGCCAUCACUGGUGAAUUCCACAAGCUGAACUUCAAAAACAAGCAAAUGACGUACAGCCCUCGGAGUCAGUAUCAGCUAGGUGAAGUGUGUACGUCCACGUCCUUGUAG